UCUGCACGAGCUUCCCCGCAAUGCUCCCCACGUGGGUGCGCGGAGUUGCAGGAAGAGGCUUGCGGAGGGUCCUCUGCGAGGCGAGAGUUCUCUCGUGUGCCUUCGCUAAAGGGCUCCGCCGCCUGGAGUCUCCGGACAGGAUGAGCGCGGAGCAGCUGCUGAAGGAACGGUGCGGCGAGCCGAAUGAGGCCGUCAAGCGGAGCGCCGACGGACCCCGGGACCGUGGCGAUGGUGGACAUGUCGAGAAGAGACUGAAAACGGACGUGGCUGAAGAGGAGUCGGCCGAUGGGCGCAAGUUCCCCAAGAGGAAAGUGGUGCUGCUCCUGGCCUACUCGGGCAAAGGCUUCCAUGGCAUGCAGAGGAAUGUGGGAUCCUCCCAGUUCAAAACAAUUGAAGAUGACUUGGUCACAGCUCUGGUCAAGUCGGGCUGCAUCCCAGAGAACCAUGGAGCCGACAUGAAGAAAAUGUCCUUCCAGAGAUGUGCAAGGACUGACAAGGGUGUUUCUGCUGCAGGUCAGAUAGUUUCCCUGAAGCUCUGGCUGAUUGACAACAUCCUCCACAAGAUCAACUCUAACCUUCCUCCCCAGAUUAGAGUAUUGGGCUUAAAACGAGUAACAGGCGGUUUUAACUCCAAGAACAAAUGUGACGCCAGGACGUACACCUACAUGCUUCCCACCAUCGCCUUCGCUCCAAAGGAGCUGGACGUCGAGGACAGCAGCUAUCGGCUGGACAAGGAGACCCUGCAGAGGGUGAACCAGCUCUUCUCCCGCUACAAGGGCACACACAACUUCCACAACUACACUUCCCAGAAGGGGCCCCGGGACCCCAGUGCCCGCCGCUACAUCAUGGAGAUGGCGUGCGGGGAGCCCUUCGAGCGGCAAGGGCUGGAGUUCGCCGUCAUCCGGGUCAAAGGUCAGAGCUUCAUGAUGCACCAGAUCCGGAAGAUGGUGGGGCUGGUGAUCGCCGUGGCAAAGGGAUACGCCAGCGAGACCGUGCUGGACCGGAGCUGGGGCGAGGAGAAGGUGGACAUUCCCAAAGCUCCAGGCCUGGGUCUCGUGCUAGAGAAGGUGCACUUUGAGAAGUACAACAAGCGCUUCGGAGGGGAUGGCGUCCACGAGGCCCUGGACUGGACUCAGGAGGAGGAGGAGAUCGCCGCAUUCAAGGAAGAGCACAUCUACCCCAGCAUCGUGCAGACGGAGAUGGAGGAGAAGUCCAUGGUGAGCUGGAUGAGGACGCUGCCCAUCCAUGACUUCGAGGCCACAGCUACAGGGGCUCAGGAAAGCAGGGAUGGAAAACAGGUGGGAGAUGAUGAUGAGGACGGGAGUGGAUCUGAUUAGUUGUGUGAAGCUGAGGACAUUUCUGAAGGACCUGUUGCUCUCCUUCCACAGGGAAAUAACUUCCCUUGACAGUCCUUUUUACAUUUGCGUUUUUACUUUUUAGAACAAGACCGAGGUGUAUUUCAUGUUAAUUUAGCUUUUCUGAGAACAGUCCCUUGCAGUCCGUGACUGCUCAUGCCUUGUCUCAAGGUAGACAAUGUGCACCUUGAUUCUAACCAACAGGCAACAAUGCCGGGGUGCGUAGUGUGAAACGGACCUGGAGAAAAUACCGGAACCUACAUUUCUGCGAUUUUUCAACCAAAAAAAAUUGAAGAAAAAAUGUCAUUCAGUUGACCCUUUGCUAUCUGAAUACUGACUGAUUUCCUUUGCUUUCCGUAAAGAUAGUUUCUUUGUUAAAAUGAUAAUCUCUGAAAACUAUAAAUGUCUGGAAUGUGAACUGUGUAAUACAGCUGGAUGUUAAUAUGUAUUCUACUUGGCUCUAGUUGUAAUGGCCUUUACUUAUCCAGAUGUA